AUGAAUGGACUACUCGUCGAUGAUCGCCCGCUCGUUUUUGACGAUCUCGAGAAAGAUCAAGUCGUGCGCCAAACUACGCCAAUUCGAAACUCUCCCCAUAAACGAAAAAAUGAGAGUAUGGCUGAGAGUUACAUUGAAGAAGUGGAUGAAUUGGAGUUUUGUUCAAUGGAAAACGAUGAGGACAGACUCGCGGCACGAUUCAAUGUACACACGAAGAGUUUUAAGCAACGAGAAUGCAAGAUAUGCUCGGAAACGGUGAAUGCGAUGAGUGCUCACUCGAUGCUCGUUCAUAUGGGAAAGCACGACAGAGAAGCGAUUCGAUGGGAAUGCGAAAGAUGUGAUUUCAGAAGCCAAAGUGAAAUCAAGGUCACAAAACACAUUCACUCAUUGCAUAAAGGACAAGGAUCACCGAUUGAUCGGAGAAUCAAGAAAAAUUUGGAUAAAUACUGGAUCUCGCUGGUGAAAGAAUGUUUCCCGACGAGGAAAUCCGUUAUAAAAAGUCACAUCGAGGAGUUGACCAAAAAAAAGCUGUGUAACGAGAAAAUGUUAUCGGAUCGAAGUCGGCUCUUUGAUCACAUUGCACAACACUGCUGGAGAAGGAGUUAUGAAUGCACGCACUGUGAAGCGAAAUUCUCUGCGAGAAAUCAAGCAACCGACCAUUUGAGAAGGUCACACCAAAAACAAGCACAACUUGUCGAGAUUAUUGAUCGAGAGUUGAUCGAUGUGUGGAGAUCGAUGGGUGAACAAUGCUUUCCGGAAGAGACUGACAAAAUUGAGCACUGUAUCAAUCAGCGAUUUCGUUUACUCAAACUACAAGGGGUUUCGUUUGCAAACCUGUCCUACGAGUUGAUUCUGACACCGGAAGCGGUUGGAAUAGUGUCUGCUGAUGGAAAUGCGACAGGCUUAUUGGGUGAAUUGAAAAACGAGGAAUGGGAUGUAAUUUGCGCAAGAAUGGUGAUGAGUCCCGAGAGGAGAAAAUUCUUUCAUUUCUCUUUUCCAUCGCAAUACGAAGUGACUCAGGUCUUCAUGAUUCGUGACGACUCAUUGCCCGUUUUUCUCGAUAGUUUUUUAUUUCGACCUUUCACUUUACAGGUUUGGCUAGCUUUGUUGGGAACUUUUCUCCUCAUCAACUUUCUUUAUAUUCUUUUUCGUUGUUUCGAAUUUGGAAGAAUUGAGUCAAAAACAAGCACUUUCAUCAACGCCACUUACACAGUUCUAUGGACAAUCACCGAGAAUACUUAUGGAUCAACAAAUACUGGAUAUCAUUCUCGAUAUUAUUCUGUUCGUUUUUUCACCGUUUUUUGGAUAAUGAUCUUUCUGCGAAUCUUUGUCGAUUAUUAUGGGUCAAAUUUGAGGAAAAUCUUGAUUUUCUCUGACAACAUUCAACUUCCAUUCACCGAUUUUCGCGGAUUCUUGGAGGUGUUGAGAAACGGCGAAUACCAUCUGCUGACUUCCACUUCCACUUCACUCCCCGUUUGUCCGUUCGAAUAUUUCGAUCAUUGUGAAGCGAUUUUCCAAGAGAUCUUCACCAAAUUCCCACCAAUCAUUGGCCCAUAUCAACAAUUGGCAAAUGAGCAGUUUAUCAAAAAAUUUUCCCAUCCCCUUGUCGCGUUCGCGUGGUUGCCCGGCCAGCGAAUUACCUCUGAUUACAGUAUUUUAUCCGAUCAGAAGUACGAUUCACAUGUUUGGGUGAUCCGAAAUCAGAAUAUCUUCCCGGCUAGUUUCAUUAUGAACAAGAGAAUUCCGUGGAAAAUUUUGAAGAAGAUCGAUAAAGCGGUCGUUGCUCUACAAGGGGCUUUAGAGACUGUCGAUCGUCACUAUGAUCCCACAUAUCCCCAGGUUUCCCUCCAACAGGUACCAACAAAAACAGCAUUCACCCUCCGUCAACUCUCUGUCAUUUUCUAUGUUCUUCUCGAGAAUAUUGGC